AGCUCGCGACCUCACGCGAAGAUGAAACACUUGAAUUUUCCGCACUCUAACACUCCAGAACCUACAGUCAAAUUGCCUCUAUCGCCCCCGCCUAUAACACGAUAAUGACCGACGAUACUGAAGCUCAGACCCCGCGCAGAGGGCUGCUAGACCUUCCCACCGAAAUCGUAAUCCAAGUCGUCGCCCAUCUUGCCGGGGACAACCGCACUCUCUGCCCCCUCGCGCGGACAUGUCACCUCCUCCAGCACGAAUGCGAGAAGCACAUCUACAAGAAAAUCGAGCUCCUCUUUACAAACGACCUCCGCGCCAUUCUCGAAGCUUUUUCACGUAGACCCGAGCGCGUCGAUGGCGUCGAAACGCUUAAGAUACUAUACCGCUAUCAUACUGGGCUGGGCACGACGUCCGAGGAGCGGGCGGCAUUCAAUCAAUACGUCGCGAGGAUGAAGGCGCUGAGGGAUUGGCAUGUCGAAAGUCCGUACGAUAACUUUAAGUGGGAGCAUGGCGGGAAUGAGUGGGUGGAGCAGGAUAUGGAGGAGUUUAGGAAGGCGCUGGAGGCUGCUAGUCUUUAUCGACAGAAUGGCUCGCUGACACAUACGGAACUUGGCCUGUCCAAGCUAGAGAAGCUGAUACUACACUCACACGGCGCGAACACCGACUUUUGGGAUCUUGAGGGCUUCCACUGCCUCUUCCGGCACCCUAAUCUCCGGUACCUCCACAUCUCAUGCAUCAUCAUCCCGCAAGACAUACCGGAAUUGGAACCCUACGAGAAAACAACUCCGCUCACAACCCUCAUUUUCGACGAAUGCGAACUUACGCCUAAGGGCAUUGGCCACAUACUGCGGACACCAAAAGCUCUGAAGCAUCUCACACUCGGGGAGAACGUCUAUAACAUCCGCCGCUCCCAAGGCAUAGCGCCCAAUUUGUCAACGGCACCGGCUGCCUCGCUGGAGGCCCUCAAGGCAGUGGCACAUUCUCUUGAAAGCCUCACGCAUUUUGAUCCUUACUGGCGUCUCUUCGGGGAUGCGAGUAAAUAUCGCCCCGUGAGGGGCGAUGGCAUGCGCGACUUCCACCAACUCCGCUUCGUGGACAUUCCCCUGUGUUCGUUCCUCCAUCAGUUCAUUCUCUCCCCCGUCCAGGCUCCACCCAACCUAAAAACUCUCCGCCUCCAUCAUGCCCGGGAGUACGGUGGCAACGCGUCAGCCAUCACUUCCUUCUUCGAGCAACUUCCACCCCUCGAGCCGUACACAAACCAGCCGUCAUUGAGGACGAUAGAAUUCGCCCAAAGCGCCGAUAUCUUCCCAGACGAUAAUAUUGUAGAUAUCUACGAAGACGACCGCAUCUGCGAUCGCCACGCCUAUGCCUACAAAUUGCACAAGCGCGGCAUUGCAAUGAAAGUGUAUCUCGAGGCUAGCAUGCGGCACGGUCUUAUCCCACCCUAUCUCCACGGCGAGGCAACACCAGAGCUCGUGUGCGUGUACGAUUCUAAGAAAGUGGGGUUCCGCCAUAUGGUAGACCUCCCCCAAGAUCUGCGCCGCUCUUUCGAAGAGAACGACCUCCCAGAGGACCUACGCUCGUUCGCCGCCGGCAUGUCCCAUUCGGAGCUUUCCGUGCUACGGCGCGGGCUCGACGAGCGCCCAGACGAGGAAUUCCCCGAGACAGACCAGCUUGGCACCUCGGAUAUCCUGCGCCUCAAGAACGAAGUGCGGCGCUCGCUCACGCAGCUGCUGAGGAAAUCGCUCCUGCUCGACGACGACAGCGACAUCGUGCAGAACCUGGAAGUCGAAGUCGAUGACGCCGAGCUGGAUCCGGAUUUUGGCGUCGACUUUGAUGCGGAGGAUUGGUUUGAUGCGGAGGAUGAUGAUGAGGAGAUGGAGGAUUUGGAUGCGAAUGAUGACGUUGAGUUGUAUUUUGAUCUGGAUAUCCCUGAAGAGGAUGGCAGUGGGGAUAUUACCGAGUAUGAGGAUGAUGAUGGUUUGGAUUGAGCGAUUGCAUGAUGCUGUAGUUUGCUUGCGACUCUGGAAAGUCUGGCAUUGCGCUGGUGCGUGGGCCGUACGGUUGGGAAGCUUUUGGGAGUUUUGCAUAUGGGGCAUUUGCUGCCUCUGGAUUACAGCAUUUGAGCAACUUCUAGACCCCUUGUCCACCUAGAAAUCGGCCUUGCUGCUGAAUUCCUCAUUACCUACAUACAUCCGACUAUUAACCCACUGAACACACAUUCCUCAUCUUGUAGUCUUCCUUGUUUGCCUGUCCCUACGCAUACUUUCUUUCCUCAACCGUUGCGUUUCUGGACCGUUACACGGCGUGCUCUCCCUCCCUAGUCUGAUUCUAUACAU